AUGUCCGGUGCAACAAUGUCGGCAUCAUCACCAGCGCCUCCGCUGUCUGAGAUUAGCAGUGAUUCGGACUUACAAUAUCCUGUAGCGUUUAAACGUAAAAAAACAGCUGCAGAAUCACCGCUUAUACCGAAUGAUCAAAAUAUAACUAGUGAAGAAAAAGAAAGGCGAGAAAAACGACGUCAACAUAAUUCGCAGGCAGCUGCACGAUAUCGGCAACGACGAGAUGAUACAAUUAAACGGCAACAACGGGACCUUGAUAAUAUCAAAGCUUCAUUGUCGGCCCUGCAACAGUUGCAUAGAGAUUUGAAAAAUGAUCGUGAAAAGUGUGAACGAGAAUUGCAGUUAGCAAGAGAAAAAAUUGCAGAAAAAGACGAUAAAAUUACAGAACUGAUAGCUCGGUUGAGCAGUGUCGAAAGUUGCGAUGAUCCACUGAAGUUAGAAUCUGUUUGUUCAACAAAAACGAUACAGACCCAAACCGAAUUGACAUUUAUAAGCAUGAAACCGACAGAUCAGUGUAUACCGAUAAGUGCGAUACCAGUUGCCGAUCAGAGUGAUUUGGCAAAAGAGAUGAGUGUGAUUAAAGCUGAAACUCGUCCACCAUUUGGUGCAAAAAUUUUUGAAAAUCCUAAUGGUGUACCGUUGACCAGAACUGAGGAUGUCGCUCGUAAUGCUGAACGAAUUACAUCACUGUUGACUGCACCAACAGCACCACAUGGCCCGCCAAUACAUCAUCCAUUGAUCGGUCCGCCAAUAUCAGUGCCAAAUUCUUUCAUGAACUAUACAUAUCGGCCUCAACAAAUGACUGCACCGGAUCCUGGCGCUCCAGCAACUUAUCAGAAUCCGGCAUUUAAUCAUUUGGUUAUAACGGAACCUCAACCACAACAAUUAAAGUUGCCAAUAGCAUCUGAUGUUUCACGUGAAGAUCCACUGGCAUUUUUACGUGCUAGUCGACCAAGGCCAGGAAUUCCACGAGCAGCCUUAAUCUUACCAAAAGGACGUUUACUAAACCGUAAGGGACGACCACGUCUUGACGAAGUAUGA